CCUUGUAAAAAAGACACGUAAAGGUAUAAAUAAUAACCUGUAUAUUCACUCAUACCCAACAACAUAAGUGAAGUAGCGAGAAAUGGAAAAUUAUUAUAAUAUUGAGGGUUACUGAAAUAUAUAAAAAUAUGUCAAAAUAUGAUUUUGUAUGGGACGUACGAGGUUUCGUACGAGGUUGUGACAGGAGUAAAUGAUCCCUUGAACUUGAUUACCCCAAUAAAAAGUAAAGAGGUUAAAGCCUAUGAAAACUUGUUUGGUGAUUGUGGAAAACUCAACUUUCCUUUUACUUGCGACUCCAUGAACUUAUCGUAUUUUCAGUAUAUACCCCAAACUGUUGUGCCUCCUAAUUGGCGUAACGUAAUAACUGUGCAAGGAAAACCAUUUAAAAAAAAAUGUGUUGACAGAAAACCACGGCAAGCAUAUAGUGCAAAACAGUUAGACCGACUUGAGUUCGAGUUUAAGCUUGAUAAAUACCUAAGCGUUAGCAAACGUAUAGAGCUGUCUCAAAAAUUAUCGUUAACGGAGGUUCAAAUAAAAACAUGGUUUCAAAAUCGUAGAACAAAAUGGAAGAAGCAGCUAACAUCAUGCCUAAAAACUUCACAAAGUCCAGGUUCAUGCAAUAUUAUCAUUAAUAUCCCCAAAGAUAGUACACUAGUACCUCAUUCAUCUUACGAACAAGCUAGUCGUAUAUAUACUGCACAUAAAUUUUGUCUUAUUCCAACUGAAAUAAACUCCUACGGCAAUGAAAAGAAAUAAAAUAAUACACAAAAUAUGUCUA